AUGGAUGCACAACUCGAAAAAAUUUCUAUAUAUAAUGGAAUUUGUUGUUUUGUUGCUGCGUUUUUAGCCAUUCAUAGUGCUAAAAUCAUAUCUGCUGUUUCGUCAGUGGUUAAACUCUUGUUUAAAGAGCCAGUUGAUCCAAGAAUUGUGGAACUUCAGAAGCAGAUUAAUGUGUUGAAACGAGAAUUGAACUCAAUUUCACCAACUGACCAGUUUGCUGCUUAUUUCAAAAAAGACCGUGAACUCAACAAAUUAAGAGAUCAGCUUGCAGUGCUUGAGUCUUCAAGAUCUUCACCGUCUGCAACUAAUCUGAAAAUUGAAGGUGCAACCAGAAUUGUUAUUCAACUUUGUGGGCUUUUCUUUCUCCGAUAUGUCUCGUCUAUAGUUGCAUUCUGCAUGCCUGACAAUAUUUUCUGGCCAUUCAAUUUUCUUCUUCGAUUCCCUGCACUUAUUGGAAACGAUACAUGUCCACCAGAGUUUUGCGAAGUGUCUGGUUUUGCUGUAUUUUUCUUAAUAUUUCAUAUAGUUUCCCACAUAAUAAAGGGCAAACGACAAAUGGAAGUCAAGCAAAAGUUGGCGUAA